AUGAGUAAUGGAGAGACAAACUUAGCAAGGAGUUCCAGCGAUGAUACUCACUCAGGGUUCGAGCUUCCGGAGCUUUACUUGUCAGAUGAAUGGAUGGACGAUGAUCUUGUGUCUGCCGUUUCCGGGAUGACUCAUUCUUAUGGUUACCAGACCAGUGAUGCUUCUGCUGCUGUCUUCUUCUCAGGUUCCUCUAGCAGUUUCACUCAUCUUGAAUCUCCAAGUACCAACGCUUCUGUAUCCGCUUCUAUAGCCCCUGCUUCUACCGAUAACCAAGUUAAGAAAGAAAAGAAGAAAGUUAGAGAGAGAGUUGCAUUCAAGACGAGGUCUGAGGUGGAAGUGCUUGACGACGGUUUCAAGUGGAGAAAGUAUGGGAAGAAGAUGGUGAAGAACAGCCCAAAUCCAAGAAACUACUACAAAUGUUCAGUUGAUGGCUGUCCUGUGAAGAAAAGAGUUGAAAGAGAUAGAGAUGAUCCGAGCUUUGUGAUAACAACUUACGAGGGCUCCCACACUCACUACUCAAACAUGAACUAA